AUGGGCUUUAGCGGACUACCCAGCGAGCUGCACCAGCUCAUCGCAGAGUCUUUGGACUCAGAGGAUGCCAUCAAUGCGCUAGCGCGCACUAACCGUACCUUUUACACGCAGUUCAACUCCUUUCUGUAUAGAUACCACCUUACAAGACAUGCCAAGCGACCCCCAGCACCGGCACUUAUAUGGGCUGCUCAGAAUGGAAGGCACGAUACAUUAGUCAGGCUCCUCGACGCGGGCGCAAACCUAUACCACCCUCGAAUCUGGCAGGAGAAGCCAACUUCAACCGGGUGGACUGGGCUUUUGCCUAAACAUCCAGUCCGGCUUGCUGCCGAGAAGGGUCAUGUCAAAUUCCUUCAGACCAUCUUGGAUCGGGAGCAAGAGAGUUUCGGUAGCCGACUGGGUCCACGGGGUCACGCCAUCCUUUUUGCGCGGGCAGCCCUCAACAACCACCUGCCCGUGGUGCAGAUGCUGCUCGCCCGCGGUGUCAACCCCUGGGGUAAACAUACCUCAUUUCUUUCCCAGGGGGUGCAACGGCAGAAAUUCAGCCGGGAGAUGCUGCAAGUACUGCUCGAGGACGCCAGGCAUCGAGAGCAUCUGCAGCCCUUCACCACCUGGGAACCCAUUCACAUGGCACUACGGUAUGCGGUAGAGCGGGCCAAGGACAUCGAGGUCACUAGGAUGAUCCUCGCGACCGGGGUCGAUGUUAACUUCCUCUAUUCCGGUAUGAUCGUGGAACGGCGACCCUUGCAUUACUGUCACCAACUGGACUUAUAUCAGCUCCUGCUUGAGGCGGGUGCUGAUCCAAACAUCGACAACAACGAUAAGUGGGGGCCUCUCGCCUUUGCAGUAGGGAACUUUUACCCGCAGCACGGCCAAUAUCAACUCUCGCCAAAAGCCAGGAGCCAGCGGUGGGAAAAAAUUCAGCUGCUAUUUCAGUACGGCGCAGACCCAGCGCGAGCCGGAGGCGGUUGGGCGCUGCAUGGCGCAGUACGGGACGCGGAUUUUAAAUUGGCAGACUUCCUGGCCGACCACGGGGCGAGCAUAAGCGUCACUGAGCUCAGCGAUGCGGAUCAAGCUCUCUUGGACCGUGCAGUAGAGGAGCGUGCGUGGGAGACAGUGAUGAGACUUACUCCAGUCAAUUGGUCCAUAAUAGGAUCUGCUGGGUCUGCAGCUCAUCUCUACCCCCGCCGAGCUUUCGCCUAG